UUUAGAAGGCGGGGGAUGGCGGCGGAGCAGACGGACGCCCUGGGCCGGCGGGUGUCGUGCGGGGAGCAUCGGGCCACGGUCCGCUUCGUGGGCGGCGUGCCGCCCACUGCAGGGGUGUGGCUGGGCGUGGAGUGGGACGAGCCCGCGCGAGGGAAACACGAUGGGUGCCACGAAGGCGUGCGCUACUUCACCUGCAGGCACCCGACGGGAGGCUCCUUCGUGCGUCCGUCCAAGGUGAGCUUCGGCGUCGACUUCCUGUCGGCGGUGCGGCGCGAGUACGCGUCGGAGGGGGACGCGGCCGACGCCGAGAUCAGCAUCUCGGGCAGGACGCUGGAGUGGGCGCGCGUGCCCGAGCGCAGUUUGGAGAGCCUCCCCAGCAUCCUCCUCCAAAACUGCCAAGUGAACGGGCCGGGGGAAGACGGGCAGAUCCUCAGAACCACGCCCAACGUGCGCUGGUUGGACCUGAGCGGCUCUCUGCUGCGCCGCUGGGAGGACGUGGCCGCCAUCGCCGGGCAGUUGCCGCGUCUGGAGGCGCUUCAGCUCAGCUUCAACCGGCUCGCUUUGCCCUCGGAUCCCGAGGCCCACCGCCGGGCCUUCCGCAACCUCAAAGUUCUGACCCUCAUCGGCUGCGAGCUCACGUGGACGCAGAUCCUGCGCUGCGCCCCCAUGUGGCCGAUGCUGGAGGAGCUCACGGUGGAGGACAACGACAUCGAGCGGCUGCGCAGCCCCGAGGGUGUCCUGCGGGAACUGAGGUGUCUCAACGUGUCCAAAAACCGCCUGGACCAGGACAGCCUGCUCAGCCUCGCCGCUCUGCCGAGACUGGAGCAGUUGAUCAUGAGCGACACGGGGUUCUCCGCCGUUCACUUCCCCGACGCCGCGCCAGGUGCGCAGACGUCCAUGUUUGCCUCGCUGGAGAAGCUCAACCUGAACCGGAACCAGAUCUCUGAGUGGGGCGUGAUCGACGAGCUGUCCAAGCUGCCGUCGUUGCGGCAACUUUGGUGCCGGGGAAACCCGCUGGCCAGCGCCGACCGCAACCCCAGGACAGCCAAUCAGAUGCUCGUCGCCAAGCUGCCGCACCUCCUCGUCCUGAACGGAUCGGACGUGACCCCUCAGGAGAGGAGGGGGGCGGAGUGCGACUACCUGAAGAUGUUUGGGGAGGAGUGGCUGCGGGCCGGGGGGCGGAGUCAGACCAGCCGGGAAUUCGCCGAUCGCCAUCCUCGUUACCGCAGCCUCGUCGACAAGUACGGCGCUCCCGAAGAAGGCGAGCUGACCAAGCGGCAGCCGUUCGCCCUGAAGAAUCAGCUGUUAAAGAUCACAUUUGUGUUUGCGGACGACGCGGCGAGGACGCCGCUGGAAAAGAAACUUCCAGCUUCCAUGGAGGUCCAGAAGGUCAAAGGUCUCCUGUCUCGACUGCUGAAGGUCCCCGCGACCGACCUGAAGCUCAGCUACACCAGUGCCAAGGUUUUGGGUCCAGAGUACCAAAUGGACAGCGACUUGAAAACGUUAUUCUUUUAUGCCGUGGAGGACGGAGACACGAUCCUUGUACGACGCUCAUAACAUCACCGGCAUCCCUCGUUCCCAUGGCAACCCGCGUCCAGACCAACCGGGACACCCGCGCACGUCCUGUCAGCGGCAGCCGCGUGCUAACAGUACUCAUCACGUUACUAAUAUUACGCAAUAAAGU